AUGCAGCCUAGGGUGACCACAGUUCAUACUAAAGAUGGUAGGAUAGUUCUCGAUGUGGAGCUACUUAUUGCAGGUUAUCAACCUAUUCUCGUUUUUCACCACUUUUGUAGGCUCCAUCGACCCAUUCACCUGAGCAUCGACAUUGACGCCUUGGAUCCGGUCUACGCACCCAGCACUGGAACUUCCGUUCCUGGCGGUCUCAGCCUUCGAGAAAUUUUGACAAUUUGCGAGGCAGUAAAUGCGACUGGUAGGUUGGAGCCAGAGAGUUGA